CGCCAUGUUCUUCACGGAGGAGGAAUGGGCUCUGCUGGAUCCAGGCCAGAGGAAACUCUUCUGGGAAGUGAUGGAGGAAAACUACGAGACCGUGGCCUGUCUGGGGGACUACAUUUCCCAGAAGGACUUGCGAGCACCGGAGAGAUCAGACCUGCCUUCCCCAGGUGUCCAGGGCACCGUUUUCCCGCAAGAUGGAGAUGAAAAUUCAUGGGACCUGCCGUUCCCCGGGGGCUCUCUUCUUUCCUGUUUCCCCUGGCUGGAGGGAGAAUUUGGCCUUUGCUUGUCUGCAGGAAAG